AUGGGAAAAGGAGAAGGAAGAAUGCUCGCAGUUGAGUUUGCUGAAUCUGCCUCUGUCAUGGCACUACUUUUGAUAAUUUGUGUAUUUACAUUGAAUGGAAAUUCCGGUGCCUCCCCGACACAAGGAUGUGGCAUUUUGGUACAAAACACAUUGAAAAGUCCGGGAUACCCAAGCAAUUACCCAAAUAAUAUGGAUUGUGAAUAUUCUGUUCCUAUUUCACACGGAGGGCCAAUGGGAAUAUAUUUCGACGACUUUGACCUGGAAUUCGAAUUCUCGUGCAGAUAUGACUUUUUAAAAAUUUCUACUGGACACGGUAUUACGUUUGGUCCAUACUGUGAUCAACGGGUUGGACAGACAGUUGUACUCUUUGGAGACUCUGCUUUGAUAACCUUCCAUUCAGACUAUCUUGUUCGUAAAAGAGGUUUCCUUCUUCGUUUCAAUACGGAUCCAUUCGUUCCACCCAGCAUCUCAGUGCCAGCUGCUGUGGAAAUAUAUCCAGGAUCUAAAGUAGAUAUUUCAGUGACCGGAACGGUACCUAUGAACACAUCAAUAGUAAGAAACACUUCUGACUUAGUUUUCACAUCGGAGUCAGUCCAUUUUCUUUUCCAUCCUUAUGAAGAAGGAAACUACACCUGUGUGGCUACCAAUGGUUAUGGUUCUGACUCAAGGGAUUUCUCUAUUGUUUACAGAGGAUGUGGAUCAUUAGUAAAUAAUUCACUGAUGAGCCCCAGAUAUCCACACCCCGCACCAAGACAUAUAAAAUGUGUUUAUUCGGUUCCCAUCCCACUCGGAAAAGCAAAUGAAAUUUAUUUCCAAGACUUUGAUGUGGGGAAUAGCUGGUACGUAUACGGGUGUAGAUUUGGUCACGUAGACAUCUUUGUUGAGCAGAGUUUUUUUGGCAAAUACUGCGGUAAGAGAACUGGACAGAAAGUGACAGUUGGUGGUGACUAUACCUUAAUAAAAUUUCACUCCAAUGGCUAUGGGAGAGGAUUCUUCUUCCGUUUCAAUUCGGUUCCCGCCGGUAUGUACAGACAGGUUUAUAACAUAGCUGGUUCUUUAAGUCAUUAA